UUGUCAAGUUCUCUGUUUUCCUGCUUUGGAAAUAGGUCGAAAUUACACAAUGUUUAAAUUAGUUGGAGAGUAUCUUGGAUACUUUUUCCCCUCCCCCCUUGGAUGAGAACUUUAGAAGAGUAUUGAGAAACUUGAACAAACGUUGGGAGCAGCCAGCUUUAUAAAAGCUAGACGACUGUGGGACGAGCAUAAGUCUGUCUGAGAAUGAUGGCAAGAAUACAGACGACUUUAAUUUGCCUCCUUCUCCCCUGUCUCCUUCAGGAUUCUUUAAGUAGACAUGUCCCUCAUGAAGGUGGCCAUGCUUUGCAACCUCGCAUCCAGAGAGACAUAAAGAAUGUAGAUCCCCCUGUGGUCUUACAGGGGCCAAUAACUCAUGUAACGGAUGUAGAUGCAAUCCUCCAGAAGCACAAUAUCACUCUACCAAAUGGCUACCUUGGUCAGUGCACUGUUGUGAACAGCUGUGAGGGUCUGAAAGAGCAACUGGAGGACACAAACAGACAAUUGCAGGAGAAAACCAGCCACACCAUUCAACUGGAACAAGAAGUGUUUAGACUGAAGUUCACAGUGAGACAGUUGAGAGUGAAGUCUACAACCUGCGGUCUGGAAACAUCAGAUCACAUUGCCAAACUGCAAGCUCAGUUGGAGGAUAAGAUGAGUCAACUGGAACAGAUGUCGCAUGACAAUGGAAACCUGGUUCUGAGGAUCACAGCUCUUACCUAUGAAGUGAAUGAACUACAGAAGAAGAACACAUCCACCUCAACUUCCACCAAGAUCACUGACCUACUCAGCCAGCUGGAGGAAAAUAACAAACAAUUGCAGUUUAAAACAGAACAACUGGAAAGGAACAGUCGCAGCGCUCAACGUAUUCUUGAGAUUAUUGAACUGCAGACCCAGAUCUGGGAGUUAGAGAAAACAAAUCACAGUCAGGAGACUUUAACCCAAAUCCCUGUUCUACAGAGACAACUGGAGGCCAAGAUCAAUGAACUGGAGGGCAACUCCGAAGGGAGUGAUGACUCCAAAAAAGUGGUGAUGAUGAUCACAUUGGAGAAUGAGGUUACAGAGCUACAGAAAAGGAUCUCAGAGCUCACUGAGGAAUCCAAAACUAAAAUUACUGAUCAACAGAGGCAACUGAAGGAGAUGAACCAGCAACUAAUUGACAAGAUAUUACAACUGCCUGACAACAACACUAACACUGAACUAACUGAGGAGAUUUUAGCGUUGCAGAAUGCAAUAAAUAACAUAAACAUACAAAUAUCAAGUCUACAAAAGAAGACCAAUGCCCAACAUGCAGAGCUGCAGAAGACUUUGAACGACAAGGAAAAACAACAAGAAGCUUGGAAGAAACAACUGAAGGGGGAGGACGAGACUAGCGUACAGCUGAUUAUGAAGAUAAUUUCUAUAAUGAGGGAACAGAGGGAUUUACAGAUACAAACAACACAACAGAUGCAGACAACAGCAGCCCAGAUCACUGCACUUCUGCAACAAGUUCAGGACAAAGAGGACGAGAUUGACAGAGUUCAGGCUGAAAACAAAGACCUGCAGAAACAGCUGAAGGAGAAUAAUGCAACGUGUUUCAGUCUCGAGAACAAAUAUGACCGGGUGAGGGGUGAAUUAGAGGACAAGAUAAACUUACUUAACAGUCAAAAUUCAGGCAUCUCCAAACUAGUUCUAAGUAUCGUGGCUCUGAAUGAUGAAGUGAAGUGGCUGAGGACUCAAAUAAUUUCUCCAGAAGCCGCAGACAAGAUCGAUGAGCUGCAGAAGAAACUGGAGCAGAAGAACCGAGAAUUAAAAACGAAGAGCAACGAACUGCAGGAAAAAAGUACAAACGGACAAAGGAUUCUGAGAAUAAUUGAGGUGCAGAAUCUGAUAUGGGAGUUUCAGAAAGGAGUGGCUACUCAGAGCAACAUUUACCAGAUUGCAGUGCUACAGAAAGAGCUGAAUGACCUGACUGCUGAAAUGGAGGACAAGGCCGAUGACGACUCAAAACUGGUUCUGACGAUAACCACAUUACAGAGUGAGGUGGUCAACCUACAGAGAAUGCUGUCAGCUCUCAGUCAGUCAACCGCAGCCCAGAUAGUUCGUCCAAAAAUGUCAAACCUUGAGAAUCAAAUAAGUGAAAUAGAAAAGAGAAUAGCAGAGCUAAAAGAAGAAAAUCCUGAAGCCAAGAUCACUGAGCUGACAACACAGCUUAAGGAAAGCGAGAGGCAGCUUGAGGAGAACAUAAAAAGACUGAAGAAGAAAGACAGCAAGAAUUCUUACCUAAUUAUGCAAAUUCUUCAUCUACAAAGGAAACUCAGAGACAUACAAAAUGCUGCAUCUCAGCAAUUCAAUGAAACUGCUGCUGAUGUUACUGCGCUUCAGGAACAACUAGAGGCCAGAGAGGAAGAGAGCGCCAGAUGUCAGGCCAAGAACAAAGACCUGGAGAAGAGGCUGGGCGAUAAGGAUGCACAGUGCUCUGGACUCCAGGACCGAUAUGACAGUCUGCAAGAUAAGCUUGGUUCUGCAAUGAAUAAACUGGAUAAUGUAACUGGAUACAACGAUAAACUCGUUCUUGAGGUAUGGACCCUGACUAAUGAGGUAGACGAUCUAAAGAAGAGAACUGUGACUUCUGCAGCUAAGAUCAAUGGUGAGUAUCCCUGUUGCCGCGCAUUAUUUAUAGCAAAUCAUGUUUGUUUCGAAAGAUCUACAUAUGUUAGCAUUGAUCCAGUCAUGAUUUUUCCUCAUCUUUCAGAGCUCCAAAAGUUGCUGGAUGCGAAGAUCAAAGAACUGGCAAAGAAAACACAGGAACUGGAGGAUAACGCUCCUCAACCAGAGAAUAUUCUAAGGAUCAUUGCAAUACAGAAUGAGAUCUUGAACCUGCAGAAAGGAGUUAGCAAUGGGACAAACUUUGACCAGAUUGCUGCGCUUGAGAAUGAACUGGAUGCAUUGAUUGCCACAAUCGAGGAGAAGAACAAUGGCAACUGUAAACAGAUUCUGCAGAUCAUUGCACUCCAAAAUCAAGUGACAAGAUUACAGAGGCAAGAGUUAGAGUUCAAUCAGUCAUCUGAGGCCAAGAUUGCUGAGCUAGAGAAUCAGCUACAGGAGACGAGAGACCAGCUGAAUGAAAAGAACGGCGAGCUGAAAGAAACUGACAGUAGAAUUCCACAACUCAUUGCAGAGAUCAUGGGACUUCGUAACAAACUGACAGAGUUAGAAAGAACAUUAUCAGAGCUCAAACGGACAAGUGCUGACAAGAUGGAAGAUCUACAGAGUCUACUGAAGCAGAAGAGCAAGCAGCUUGAAGAAAUCACUACACAACUGAGGGCUGUAGAUGCCAAAAAUGCAGAACAGAUUCUGAAGAUUAUUGAACUCCAGAAAGAAAUGAAAGCGAUACAAACGGAAGCUUCAAAAGCCAAAGAUAAAAGUGUAUCAGAAAUCUCUGAGCUACAGAAACAACUUAAGGCCAAAGAGAAGCUGAAUGCAAGACUAGACUCCAAAAACAGAGAGCUGGAGAAAUUUCAGAAGGAAAUGAAAAUGGAAUGUGAUGAAAUCCAGCACAGGUGCAAAGAGGUACAGCUUCAAAAUGAUCAAAACCAAGAGGACUUGCUUAAAAUGCAGCAGCAAUUGCGAGAGGAGGAGGCAGCCUUCAAUAGACUGCAGCAGCAACUCAGAGACAGCAAGGAUGACAAUGCCAGACUACAGAGGAGAAAUAAGAGUUUGCAAGACGAGAAUGACAAACUCAAGAUGAAUUUACAAGAUCUUCUGGUAGAUCCAGAAACGAUUGUCCAUAGCACUAAGGUGGCCUUAGACCCGGACACAGCCCAUCCUAAAAUCAUUCUGUCAACGGAUGAGACAGAAAUGUCUGUAGCACAACAGCGACAGAAUGUCCCCAACAAUCCAGGGCGGUAUGACUUGUCUCUUGCUGCUCUUGGAAAGACUGGGUUUAACAGGGGGAGAAAUUACUGGGAGGUUGAAGUGGCUGGGAAGACAUGUUACAACAUCGGAGUUGCCAGAGGAUCAGCUAAUAGGAAGGGGCAGCUGAAACUAAAACCAGCAGAAGGCUACUGGACCAUAAUCUUGACAAAACAAGGUGUGCUCAAAGCCCUUGCAGCUGGGCCACUUGAUAUUCAGUUGCCUGAGCUCCCCCAGAAGUUUGGAAUACUAUUAGACUACAAAAAGGGAGAGGUCUCUUUCUACAAUGCAAAUACCAGGUCUCUUCUCCAUACAUUCACAGGUAAUAGAUUCACAGAUAAACUAUAUCCAUUCUUCAAUACCUGUCUGGAGACUAAUGAUGAGGAUGCUCCGAUUGUCUUAACUCCUGUUGGUUCAGUGUCAUGGAUACAGUAGAGAAUGCAUUUGACAUCAAAUUAAUUUCAGUAUAAAAAUCACAUUGCUUUCGUUCACAAAAAAUAAUCUUAAAUGUAAUUAUUUCUGUGGUAUUGAUUCAAGAUGAUGUAAUUUCAAUUAUGCAUUUUCAAUCAUUCAUCAAAUAAAAUAUUGCACCUGA